CAUGGUCAACAUCUGCUGAAGCAAGUAGAACAGAGCAGAGGAGCCUCGAGGGAACCAAAAGAAGCCAAUCAUUUGAAGGUGGUUGAAAAACGUGCUCUACUGGAUUCCAAAGUUCCUGAAAAAAUGAAACACAGUCAGUCCAUCCUUGAGGAUGCACAACUUCCAUUGGAGCAGAAAAAACGAAAAAUCCAGAGGAACCUUCGGACACUGGAACAGGCUGGCCUGGUCUCGUCGACAAAUAAAUACCAGGAAUUAAUCAAUGAUAUUGCAAAGGAUAUCCGGAACCAACGACGGUAUCGCCAGCGUCGCAAGGCUGAACUUGUGAAAUUGCAACAGACAUUGGGUGCACUUAAUUCAAAGGCCAAGUUUUAUGAAGAACAGAAUAACUAUUACAACACAUAUAUUAAAACCUGCCUGGACAACUUAACAAGAAAGAAUGCCAGAAGAUCAAUAAAAUUAGAUGGAAAAGGGGAAGAAAAGGGUAACAGAAAAAUGAAACAAUCAACUUUACGCUACACAGCAGCUCGCCUGUAUGAGAAGGGUGUCAUUCUGGAAAUUGAAGGACUUCAAUCCAACCA